UCUUGCAAAAUUAAGAGGUUCUUACUAAUUUCUUCAUGAUGUUAAUUUAUGAAUAUAAUGAAUCGUAUAUAGAAGAACAAGAAAGGGGAAGAGAUCGAUGUCCCCUGCCAUAGCCUUCUUUUCUUACAACAUGCUUGUUUUUCUCUGAGAUUCCAAUUUUUGACUUACUUUCUUUUCUGUUUUGCUUCUUUGAUUGGUAAAUGAGCAGGAUUUCGUCCAAAAAAAAGGAAAAAGUUACAAAAACAGAAAAAUUACUUUUGAAAAAAUGGAAAUUAUUUUUUUAAUUGUUGGAAAAAUAGGAGAAUAUUCGGUUGGUCCAAUUGGAGAACAGUUUCGCUAUAUUAUUUCCUACAAGAACAAUAUUUCAACUCUUGAAGAGAAAAUUCUGAAGCUACUUGAGAAGGAGGAGGCAGUCCAACAAUCUGUUGAUGGAGCCCAAUGGAAUCAACAAGUAGUCGCAAGUGAAGUUAAGACCUGGCAGGCAAAUGUGGGGAAAAGAAUUGAAGAAGCCCAGAAAUUCCUUGAAGAAGAUGUCAAAGCUAAUAGGAAGUGCUUGAAUGGUUGGUGUCCUGAUUUGAAGCUACGCUAUUCCUUGGGUAAGAAAGCUCAAAAGAAUACUCAAGCUAUCAUUCAGUUGCUAGAAGAAGGUGGAAAAUAUGAUAGGGUGUACAACACUCUACCUCCAUUGGUAGUGAGAUCAUCACCCACAGGAUGGUUUAAGGAUUUUGAAUCACGAAAAUCAACGAUUCAAAAUGUUUUGGAUGCUCUAAAGAAUGACAAGAUAGACAUGGUUGCAUUAUGCGGUAUGGGAGGGAUCGGCAAGACAGAAAUGGCCAAAGAGAUUGAGAGAAGAGUGAAAUCUGAUAAUUUAUUCCGUAAAGUUGUCAGUGCGGUGGUGUCUCAAAAGCCAAGCUUGACAAAGAUUCAAGGUGAACUUGCAGAAAUGCUAGGUCCCAAACUUGAAGCAGAGAGUUUACAUGUAAGAGCAAACGAAUUAUAUUCAAGAUUGACUAAGAAUAAGAAUGUCCUAGUAAUAUUGGAUGAUGUUUGGGAACACCUUGAUCUUGGGCAUAUUGGAGUUAUCGAUGCAGUUAAACAAAAGAGCUGCAAAAUCUUGUUGACGUCAAGAAACGAAGAAGCUUGCAAUGCGAUGAGAAUUGAGAAGAUUUUUCCAGUUGGACUUUUAUCUAAAGAAGAAGCGUGGAAUCUUUUUGUAGAGAUUGCUGGUGAUUGUAUUAAUACCUCUGAUCUAAUCUCAAUUAUUGCAAAACAGGUCGCGGAGGAAUGUGCACGUUUACCCCUUGCAAUUGCGAUAGUUGGAGGUGCUCUUAGAAACAAAAGAGAUAAAAAGGAGUGGAAAGCCGCGCUUCAGCAACUUAAAAUGUCUAACCCAGAUAAUAUUUAUGGUCUGCAUCCAAAGGUAUAUUCCAGCAUAGAGUUCAGUUAUAAUUACUUACAAAGUGGCGAAGCCAAAUCAUGUUUUUUGCUAUGUUGUUUGUAUCCGGAAGAUUACGAUGUUCCAAUUGAAGAUUUAGUCAGGUAUGGAGUUACAAAAAGGUUUCUUAAAGGCUUGGGUACUGUGGAACAAACAAGAGAACUUGUCCACACAAUAGUUAAGAAUCUUAUAAGAUCAAAUCUCUUGUUGGAUAGCAACUGGAAGGAACGCGUCAAAAUGCAUGAUGUUGUACGAGAUGUUUCCAUAUCAAUUGCAUCCAGAGACGAAAAUGGUUUUAUGGUAGUGUUGGACCCAGGACUUGAAGAAUGGCCACAGAAGGAUAGAUAUGACAGUUACACCACAAUUUCUCUUUUACUUGGAGAAAUGAAAGGGCAUCCUACUGAGUUGAAGUAUCCCAAACUUGAGCUUUUGCAACUAUCAUGUUUGAACCAUUCAGAAACAUUCUCAAGCAAUUUAUUUAAUGGGAUGAAGGAGCUGAAGAUGUUGUAUUUGCAAAAAGGUUGCUUCUCCUUGACAAUGUCGCCACCUUCAAUCCAGAUCCUCCAGAACCUUCAAAUGUUGAAUUUGGAGAAUUGUCGCUUAGGAGAUGUGUCGGCAAUUGGAACCCUUAGAAACUUAGAAAUUCUUAACUUUUGUGAUUCCGAGAUCAUGGAGUUGCCAUCGGAAAUAGGAAAUCUUAGUCGAUUAAAGUUACUGGAUAUGAAGCGAUGUAGACCUCUAAAGCGAAUUGCAGCUGGUGUAUUAUCCGGUUUAUGUCGACUAGAAGAAUUGUAUGCGGGAGAUUUCAAGAAUUGGGGAUGUACGACUAUGAUGGAAGGAAAUGGAGCAGUAACAAAUAAUAAUGCAAGCCUUGCUGAACUAAUUCCUUAUUCCAGUCAACUGGUGGUUUUAGAAAUCAGUACACCAAGUAUCUUGUGCUUGCCAAAAGAAUUGGACUUCAGUAACUCCAAUUUCCGAUUUAUGAUAAAUAUUGGUAGAGAUUAUAGGGCAGGUGAGAGAUAUUUAUUUGAAAAUACUUUGAAACUUGAAGUGGAGGAUGCAAGUGAUCUUGGGGAACACCGAACAAUUCGUUCAAUGCUGAAGAAAGCUAUCGUUUUGAGUUUGGAUAUUGGAAAAAAUUCCAAACAUAUUUGGUUUGAGAAAGAGGAAAAAGGAAUUUUACCAUGCAGCUUGAAGGGUCUUACCAUUAACAGAUGUGAAGAUUUAGAAUAUCUACUCGAAGCCACAUCGGAUAGUACUCCACCUAAUACCUUCUAUCUCCUGGAGUCACUAUCAUUAAAUUACUUACCAUGGCUCAUUGGCAUAUGUAAAUUCAAGGAUUCAGUUGAGGUUGAAAGAGAAGGUAGCACUGCAUCAACACCUGUUGCUCAUAAACUAUUUUCAUCCAACUCCAUUUUGUGGGUACCCAAUUUGAAAUUACUUGAUGUAGAAGGUUGUGGAUCACUAGAAGUGAUAUUUGAUUUGGAAGGACUGAAGGUCAAAGAGAACCGCAAGCCCAUCCUAGCAGUACUUUUUGAUCUACGUUUAUGGAACUUAUCUGGGAUGUCACAUGUGUGGAAGAAUAUUCCACCAGGAUUUCAAGGCUUUCAAAACUUGACAUUAAUUAAUAUCAAGAAUUGUCAUAGUCUGAGAAAUUUACUCCCUGGUUCUAUAGCAAAACUAUUGGUACAACUCCAAGUCGUUACAAUAUCAAAAUGCAACUUGAUGGAAAAUAUUAUUCAAAGGGAGUACGAAGCUGGAGAAGAAAGGAGGGCAGAUAUUUUGAGUAGCGAAACCCAUUCUCUUGAGUGGCCAUCCAUAAAGAGCAUCAAGUUGUUGAUAUGUCCAAAGUUAAAAACAUUUGGUUUAGAAGUUCAAAGCGGAAGAAAGCAAAGAAAGAUGGAUGCAGAAUUGGAUCCAAGAGCCCAAGAGCCUAGUGCUGCCUCCUCCUCGACAAGACAAUCUUCAGGACUUUUCAACCGAUGCCUAGAGUCUUGUGUACCACGUCCCAGGAAUUAUAGUCCAGCCCUGCAUGCCCAAGGAAAAAGUAGCUCCUCUUUAGGAGAGAAUAAACACGACUUAAUUAAGAAAGAGAUUACAUUGACAAAGCAAGAGGAGCAAAAUGUGAGUAAGACUGAAAAUCAAGCAAAGAUGUUGUCUCUGUUUCCAUACAACUUGAUUGAAAGUUUGAAAAAUCUACAAAAGCUUUCUGCAAAUCAAUGUGAUUCAUUGGAAGUGAUAUUUGAACUUGAGGGACUAAAUGCUGAAGAAAGCAAUAUCUUUAAUAAUUUGAGAGUGUUAUCUUUACAUUUUUUACCGAAGUUGUUGCAUAUAUGGAAGAAAGGGCCACGAGAUAUUAAGGGAUUUAAUUACUUGAGAUUGCUACAAGUAUGGAAAUGUGGUAGUUUGAAAUGUUUGUUCACACCAUCCAUAGCAAAACUUCUUGUGAAAGUAGAGGAAAUAGAUGUAUAUGGCUGCAAUGAAAUGGAAGAAAUCCUUGCAAAAGAAUUGGGAGAUGAAGAGAAUAGAGAUGUGAUUGCAUUCUCCCUAGUAAAUACCCUCAAGCUCGGGAAUUUACCAAAGUUGGAGUGUUUUUACACCGAAGAUAAUCAUGCUUUUGAGUGGCCAUCUCUGAAUAAAAUGCAAAUAUAUGGAUGCCCCAAAUUAAAAAUGUUUGUUUCAACAAGUACAAAAACACCUAAGCUAAAGGGAGUGCAUAUGAGGAUCGAAGCAACUUUUCAACCAAUGGUAGAAGGAGACCUCAAUACCACCAUACAACACAUUAUCAAAAGAAAGGGGUUGAAUCACUUUUAUCCUCCACCUAAGUUUUCUCAACUACGGAGCAGGCUGCAAGAAGAUAUUUUUGGUUUUUAGAGGUCGCGGAAGUUCCGAGUCUCCAUAUACAUGAGCACGUACUCCUCAAAACACCCUUUGUGGCUGGUCGACAUUACUGAGACUCUUUGAAAACUGUGUUUUGUGCUACUAUUAUGUGUUGCUGGAAUUGCAGAUUUUAUGUUGAUGGUUUUUAUAACUUAGUAUGUGGAUGUUUUUUAUAACUUAGUACGAUAGAUCUUGGUGUUAUUUUUAUUUUUUAUUUUUUAUUUUUAUUUAGCAUAAAGGAUGUGUGUAUUGUACGUAUAAUUGGG